CUCCAUGUUCUCAGUACAUGGGCUGUGUGAUGGCUCGUUUCAGUGAUGCAUGACAGCGUGUUCAUAGAUGUCCAACAAUCUCUUGUUAACGCCACGUAUGGUGUUUGAGAGCUCCCGGUUUUUUACUUGCAGAGCAAGCAUACAAUUUCUCCAUCCGGGCUGUCACGGUUUUUUUCGGCAUCUUCCGUCUGGUUAUAGAUAUGCCAUUCGGACGUUGACGCAGUCAUCCUCUGGCAUUGACAACGUCUGCAUAUCAAUUGCAAUACUUUCUGUAGUCAGUGCUUUGAUUUUUCUCACUACGUCCCUUAUUGCACUGCUGCCAGCAACGGGUUGGGUCUCAUGUUCCCUCCCUUUCACAGCGUUGCACCUGUACCGCAGCUCAGCUUCACCUCGCAAAGUGGCUCUGGCUGUGAGUUUGAACUUGCGCACAUACCUACGGUUGCAAGCCACAUCCACCAGUAAAGUCUGCAUCAAUCUCCCCAACAUCAACACUUUCCUCAGCUGGGAUGUGACUGAGUUGAAGCAGCUGCUUCCUGACUCUGGAGCCGAGCUGGGGAAUGUGAAUGAGCUUGAUGCAGAGCUUGUCAGGAGGCUGCGAGAUUUGGUUGGUGUAUCAAAUGGAACCUUGGAUACUCGCAGCAUGGCCAUUUUAGCCUUCCUCUACAUCUACCUCUCUGUCUUUGCUGGGUCAGGGGAGUUACCCAGCCUGACUGUGUCUGUGUGGUCAGAGUUGCCAACUGGAGCGGGUCUGGGGUCAAGUGCUGCCUACUCUGUGUGCCUGGCUGCAGCUCUGCUCUCUGCCAGUGGGACCAUCCCUUCUCUACUGAGUGACCAGGAAAGCACAGCCAGGUGGGGUGAGGUGGAGAUGGAGCUGAUCAACAGGUGGGCGUUUCAGGGGGAGAAGAUCAUCCAUGGGAACCCGUCAGGGGUGGACAACGCCGUGGGGACAUGGGGUGGCAUAUUGAGAUACCAUUCUGGGAAAAUAACACCCUUAAUCAGGGUCCCAAUGUUAAGGAUCCUACUCACAAACACCAAGGUCCCUCGCAGCACCAAGGUACUUGUUGCUGGAGUGAAGGACAAAAUGAACAAGUUUCCCUCUAUUAUAAACCCUGUACUGGAAUCUGUGAAUGCAGUCUCCUGCACCUGCGAGCAGACCUUAUCAGAGAUGACCAAUGACACCCCCACACCAGAGCACUAUAAUAUCCUGGAGGAACUCAUUGACAUCAACCAGCACCACCUGAAUGUGAUGGGUGUAGGACACCCGGCCCUGGACACCCUGUGCCGGGUCACCUUGGCCAGAGGGCUACACAGCAAGCUGACUGGUGCCGGCGGAGGGGGCUGUGGUAUCACCCUGCUUAGACCAGAAACGGAGUGCUCGGUGGUCCAGAACACUAUCCAGGACUUGAGAGACUGUGGCUAUGACUGCUGGGAGACCAGUAUCGGUGCGGAAGGCGUGCAGCAGCACUCUCCCCUCGCCGUCAAAAAGGAGGCCCUGGAGGUUUUAGCACGCUACUGAGACCCACUGGCCACGGGUCUGCCCUUCCUAUGGGUGAACAGGGGACACUUUGCUCCAUGACUUUGGCCUACCAAGUCUUCUAUUGUUAAGGCCUGACAACUACCAACAGAAGAGUUGGCUACAGCACAAUGCAGCAUGGGACAUGCAUAAAUGCUAAUAGUAUAAAUGCUAAUAGCGCUUCUCUAACGACCCACGAUCAAGACAGACUCUUUGUUUCAGGGGAGGACAAUUGCUAAUCACCCACUCAUCAUUUAUUUUUCUGCCAUUUCACGAGGUCAUGGAACUAAGAUUGUAGGGGCACUAGGCAGGUGAUCACACCUCCCUUUGAAAUAAGUGGUUUUCUAGUUUUCAGUAUUUGGUAUGCACUGUAGCCCUCCCUAUCCCCUGGCUUGAAAUGAUAAACCCAGUGCAUAGUCCCAGUGUGUCUAGGUGCUGGUUUUGGCAGGAACAGCUAGUAUUUAAAAACGAGUAAAAAAUGUAUUGAAAAAAAGACAGGCGACCUUGACUCUAGUGUAUAUUUGGUUUUCUUUUUAAUAUUUGCAUCAAACUCAGUUGUUCACCUGAUUAUUAUAUUUUUUUCCCGUUUGCAGUUUACCCUUGUUUUUGAAUAUCAAUACCUUGGUUGACUUGUUCUUUCUUCGUUUUAAAUGAGGGUGCUGUGAGCCAUUUGUCAUAUAGAUGGCAGCAAAAUGUAAGAAUUAACUAACCUCUCGUAACUGACAUUGAGCAAAUCGUAGCGAAGAGAUUGUCAUUCAGUUUUUGCUUCAGGUGUCAAUACAAUGCCAAAGCAGAUGCAUUCCUAGGUAUACAAACCUUUUAAAACUGAAAAUAAAAUGUGCAUCAUU